AUGGCACCAAAUGCGCCCCAGCUCCCAGUCAAGUUUCCGUGUUGGUGUCGAGCGGUUUACUCCUGGGGAGGCGAAACAACGCGAGAUCUCGGGUUUGUGGAAGGCGACUUGAUCGAAUGUUUGAAUGCUGGCGACGGACAAUGGUGGAUGGGGCGUUUGCGCCGUGAUAGGCGUGCCGUUGGGUUAUUUCCUUCCAACUUUGUUGAGCUCAUGAGCGAGGACUUUGUUCCUAUCAGUCGCGAUACGAGUCCAAUGGUGUUGGCCGGGUCCUCGCCUAUCAACAAUCCGACCUCGGCCCCCAAAAAGACUAAGACGGUCUUUCGCAAACCUUUCCAGGCGCACAAGGAGGGCCUGUCUCCGUCGUCGCAGAUGGCCCGGAGUGGAUCAAAUACUCCCGUGAAGAGCUCGAUUCCACAGACACCCCCUCGAGCUGGCAGUAUACCGAGAAAGGUCAAGCCGCUGCGCACACACGCAUCUGCAGUCAAAAACCAGGGAUCGCUAUCUCGCCCUUCAUCGGUAUCCUCUCGCCCCUCGUCGCGGGGAAUUUCAGUGUCUCCUCGUACAUCUAUGGAGCCGGAGAGGUCCCCAUCUACUAUGAUCCCCCGCGGUAGCAUCUCAUCUUCGCGCCCGUCCUCGCGCGAAGUUUCACCCAUGCCUCGCGAGGUCUCCCCAAUGCAGCCUUCGCCGAUGCGCGCCGUUUCUCCGAUGCCUCAUCGUGCCGUUUCUCCUAUGCCUCAGCGCGCUGUCUCCCCGAUGUAUCGUCCGGCCUCUCCCCCGCGUCAUCAUUAUCAUAAUCACCGCGAAGUUUCACCCAUGGAGCGUGAAGUAUCACCAAUGCAAUUUCAAGAGCGCGAAGAAUCUCCUCCGCCGCCACCACCACCUCCACAUCGAGUCGCUCUUAAUCGCGCCCCAUCACACUCCCCUCAACCGCCUCAGCACCAUCAAUACCAUCACCGUUCUCAUUCCCCUCAACCCCCUCAACCAUCUCAAUCUCCACAGCCCCCCAUGCACCAUCAGCAGCACGUGUUGCGUUCUCCGCAGCCACACACUCAUGCUCCGCGCCCGUCACGCUCUCCGACGCCUUUAAAUAUGAACGAUCGCUACGUGAUAUUCGCACGAACACCAUCUCCCGGCGGUGCCUCCACACACUCGGCCCACUCCGAAGUCUCGGCUCAAUCAGACAUGAAUGGGAACACGCCUUCCCCAUUGAGGGAUGCCAUGGAAGAUGUAAUGACUUCAUUAGAAGACAUGGGUCUCCCUCGAGAACCGCCCUCGCCAUCCCCAGGACAAGCCCCAUCGCCUUCACCUCUACCUCCAAGCUUCAACAACCCUUGGUCUGCAGAUGAAUAUAACGAAAUGAAUGAUCGAACACCACCCGCUACUCGCAGACGGCCUCUCACAUCACUCGGCUUUGAUGGGCAUAAGGAGCAACUGCGUGGUAAUUCCAUCCAUCGAAACAGCGUCUAUUCACACGAUCACUAUAUGGAUGGCCCGCCUCAACUGAACAAUUAUGUACAGCGGAUGGAGAGUCGCCUGCGACAAUUAGAGGACCAGAACCGACCGCCUGAGGAUGAUGGAGGUGGCCCAGAUGACGAUCAGGCCCCACCACCGCCUCCGAAGCAUGCAAGCCAUCAUCCCCGACACAAUUCAAUCGCGGGCCAAUAUGCGCAAGCGCGAUCUGGGCAAGACCAUAGGGGAGACAUACUCAACAGAUCGUACACCAACAAGUCAAGCGCCACGACUUCCAGUGGCAUGCAAAGCAUCGGGACCAGCAUGACUAGCAGUACGGAUAGGACAAACCAGAGCUUGAUGAGUGGUGUUUCCGCAGGCGGUUUCAGUGCAACCAGUGCCGGUAGCUAUGCUAGACGGAAUGGUGCUCAUCAGCGGCCAAACACAGCUAUGGAUACUGUCCGAUCGCGGGGCUUCAGUGACGCUGGAUAUCUAGACAGGCCGGAGACUCCGUUGACUGGGAUUUCCUACCACUCCAGUCACAACACAUCUCGCCAGGGGGCCUCGUCCGCUAUUCCGUGGUCCUCCACAGACAAUGAUGCAGGAGAUUCCGGUGGUGUUUUCGGCGGACUUUCGACGCCUAAGACUAAAAAGCAAGGCUUCUUCAAGAAGAUCUUCGAGUCUGCCAAGACGGGUGCUGCGAGCGCGAGAAGCAGCAUUUCGGUUGGCCAUAGCGGUGGCUCCCAGUCUCCAACCAAGGGGAACAGGAUGAUUGACGUUGUGUCACCACUCCUCACUACCAACUCUUCUCGCGAUACGGCACGGGACAUGGGUAUGAGCGCUAGCUCCAUUGACUGGGUGCAAGUCCGUCGAGAUGUCAACCGGGCAUCAUCCCCAAGUCGAAAUGAGAGGAUUGAAAGGGCUGAGCGGUGCCAGAUGAUGGAUUAUCCAGUCAUCUAUGCUAUUGAGGAACUUUAUGAUACUGCAGAAGGUGACGAAAGUAUCGAUGGAUUACCGAUCAGCGAGCCCACAAAUUUCAACGCUGGAAAUCUAACUCUGGUCGACAAGAGUGCGCGGUUUAUUAAUAGCAUUCCGCCACUCACGAAUCCCGUGAGCCUGGCUCAGGGUUACAUUUGCCGACCAUAUAAGAGUGAUGUUCAGCGUCUGCGUGCCAUCUUUACCUGGGUUAGUGAGAAGAUUGCAUGGGAGGAGCCUGUUGACGGGCUCGAUGUCGAUAUGAAGAGAGUGCUGCAGGCCAAGCGAGGUAGCCCUCAGGAGAUCGCUUAUUUGGUGCAUGAAAUGUGUGCAGCCGUUGGUCUGCAUGCUGAGACGAUCCGAGGCUUCCUCAAGAACCCUGGUGACCCCCUUGAUCUCGACAGCCUUUCUCGUCCGAAUCACUGGUGGAACGCAGUCCUUGUUGAUGGCGAGUGGCGUAUCAUGGAUUGUGCGCUGGCGAACCCUACCAACCCCCAACGAAGCAAGUUCGUCACCAACAACAUGUCGGUGGCUGAAGCUUGGUACUUCCUCACCCGGCCUCUCGACAUUUGCUUUACUCAUGUCCCGCUUUACCCUGAAGAACAGCACAUCUGUCCUCCCGUCUCGCCAGAUGUCUUGUUGGCUUUGCCGGGCAUAUGCCCGCAGUUCUUCAAGCUUGGUGCACAGUUCCCAGAUUACGAUACCAGCUUAAUGCGCGUCGAGGGCUUGGAGUGCGUCCAGAUCCGUUUGGUGGUGCCUGCCGACGUCGAAUGCGCCGCAGAGGUCGAAGCGCCAGGGUUCGCUUGUGAUGCAGAUGGGGACUUUUUCGAGAGCGGCGACAUUGUGCGCAAGCGCGCCCUAGUCCAGCCAGACUGGUUCAAUGGCCAGAAGCGGAUUACCAUCAAGGCUGUCCUGCCAGGAGAUGAAGGGCAGGGUGUGUUGAAGAUUUACGCCGGCAAGAAAGGUCUUAUGCACUCUAGCCGCGACAUCCCUCAUCCAAUGGCGCUCGCUCUGCCAAUGGUACACACGGGAGAAAACCCGCCAUACGACUUUGUCCUCCGUCAUCCCACGCCUCACGCCCAACGCCAUGAUUUGUACAUCAUGCAGCCCCAGUGCUCCCGUCUAGCGGUCAACAAUACGUUUGUCUUCGCUGUGCGACAACACCCUUCUUCGCCUCAAGCCCCGGCCAAGGAUGACUACGCUGGUGCUGGACGAGCCUCACCAUCGGUGUUCAACCGCCCAUCCAGUGCGCUGAGUAUGGUCUCUAGCACUGCGGGCGCAUCCACGAUCUCGAGCAAUUCAAACGAGUUCUCUGCUUCGACGUCUGCCAUCUCCUCGACCAGAUCUGCUUCCGGUCGCGACAAGCCGGCUAAACUCGCUAUCCAAGCACCAUCUGGCAAGAUCCUGCGUCUCACUCGGAAGGCAGAUCAUAUGGUUAGUUCGCCAGAUUCCAAUGGCUGCUCCGUUACAGAUGCCCCCGCCGAGGGCAGCGUCUGGGAGACGGUCAUCAAGAUCGGUGAGCGGGGUACCUGGCGUGGCCUGGUCCUUGCUGACCGAGUUGCACGAUGGUGUGUGUUCUGCGAGUGGGAGUGUGUUUAA